GCGCUCCUUGCCCUGCGCUGCCCGCGCCCCCUCCGGGAGCCCCGGCCGGGCCGAGGGGGCCGGGCCGUACCAGGGGGCGGCCCCAGCCCGGUACCGGCGCGGGGGGAGCCCGGUGCCCGCCCCGCCGGAGCCUGCGCGGGGCCGCGGCCGUGGCAGCUCCGCGAUGCCGCCUCCUCCGGAGCCCAUGCCCGGCUACGGGGAGCUGCUCCGCCGCGGCUACGGCAGCCUGGCCGCGGCCGCGCGGAGCUGCGGGGACUGCGGCUGGGAGCUGGCGCUGCGCACCUGGGCCGAGAACGCGCACCUGGGCUGGGCGGAGGUGCUGCUGUGCGGGCUCUGCGCGCUGGGCUGGACCGCGCUGCGCCGCGCCUGCUCCCGCCGCCUCUUUCGGCCCUUCGGGGAGUGGUGCCAGCUGCAGCCCAAGGAUGCUGCCAAGAUGCCCGAGAGUGCCUGGAAGUUGCUUUUCUACUCCGUGUCGUGGUCCUACGGCGCCUACCUGCUCUUCUGCACCGACUACCCCUUCUUCCACGACCCCCCCUCCGUCUUCUACGGCUGGCAGCGGGGCAUGGCGGUGCCCGGGGACAUCGCGGUGGCGUACCUGCUGCAGGGCAGCUUCUACGGGCACUCGCUCUACGCCACGGCCUACAUGGACACGUGGCGCAAGGACUCGCUGGUGAUGCUGCUGCACCACCUGGUCACCCUCACCCUGCUGGCCUCGUCCUACGCCUUCAGGUACCACAACGUGGGCGUGCUGGUGCUGUUCCUGCACGAUGUCAACGACGUGCAGCUGGAGUUCACCAAGCUCAACGUGUACUUCAAGCACCGCGGCGGGGUCUACCACCGCCUCAACGACGUGGUCUCCAACAUCGGCUGCCUGGCCUUCAGCGUCAGCUGGUUCUGGUUCCGUCUCUACUGGUUCCCCCUGAAGGUGCUCUACGCCACCUGCCACUCCAGCCUGCAGUCCGUCCCCAACAUCCCCUUCUACUUCUUCUUCAACGCCCUGCUGCUCGUGCUCACCCUGAUGAACAUCUACUGGUUCCUGUACAUCGUGCUGUUCGUGGCCAAGGUGCUGCUGGGGCAGAUGCAGGAGGUGAACGAUGUCCGUGAGUACGACGUGGAGGAGAGCAGGAAACCCGGGAAGGAGGCUGGGAUCCAGCUGCCCCAGGCUCUGAAGGAAGGGCUGCACCUCAAGAACGGCCUCGUGAAGGACAAGAGGUUGUGAGGGCGGCGUGGCCACGGCUGCCAGGGCCUGGCACUGCCAGGACCCUGCUGGGGAGCCUGCCAAGGACAGCCCCACGGAGAACUUCACCCCUGCCCC